AUGGUCGAGUUGACACAACUGGGAGACUCCAUCGAACAGGCCCAACGACGGUUAGUAUCGCUUGAGCGGAAGCUGUCUCGACAUGAAGACACCUACGAGGCGUACCGAAUAUUCCUGCGCGAAUAUCUGGAGCUAAAACACAUGAUGCCUGUAGCGACCGAUGGACUACACAAGACAGUAGUGGUUACAGCGGAUAUUGUGAAGAUGUAUCGCAAAAUCUGGGUAGCUGAACCCAGCAAUGCAUACUAUGGCGUGAAGAUGCAAGAUGGUACGGAGCCGAUGAAUUUGAUCCCCGUCACCUACGUGCUUUUGGAUCGUUUGCAGUCGGAUGUCUUGGAGCAGGCAGAAAAACCUUCAUCGGUGCGUGCAUCAUUGGCGAAUGUUGUCAAUAAUCAACCAUCAGUAGCUGCGUUGCUUGAGCAACUGAAGAGCCGAGAUGAACAGGUGGUGGCAAUGCAGGCGAAUGUGGAUCGUUUAACUGUUCAGUUGGCAGAGCUGUUACGAGAAUUGUCUGACACGCGUAAGGAGCUAGCGUUGUUCCGGCAAGGUUCAGGGGCGGUGCAGUUGAAGCAAUCGACACAGCAACAAGCACCUACAGCUGCUUCUACCGAUGUCGUUUCUUCUCUCAAAGGCAAGCGUAGCCGUGGAGGUUGGCGGAUGCAACAGAAGAAGGCGCGUAAGCAACAACAGCAACAGGUGCAGUCGCAGCAACAACAACAGCAGCAGCAGCAUCAGCAGCAGCAUAUGAAGCAGCAGCAGCAUAUGAAGCAGCAGCAGCAACAGCUGCAGCAGCAGCAACAACAGCAGCUUCAGAAGCAGCAGCAACCUCAGAUGCAGCAUCAGCCGCAGAAGCAACAGCAGCAGCAGCAGCAUGUUCGGCAUUUUUACCAGCAGCAACAGAAUCAACAACAACGGCAGCAGCAACAGAAGCCGCAGCAGCAACAGAAGCCGCAGCAGCAACAACACCAUCAACAACAGCAGCGUGAGCAGCAAGAGCAGCAGCAGCAAAAUCAACAUUCGUUCGAAGGAUCACCUAGCAUUGCAGAGAACAACAUCGAUGCAUCGCGGCGGCGAUCUUUAUCGUCGGACGAAGAAGCAGCAGUCACUGCUGCAACAACAUCCGAACGGUAG